UUUCCUUUUGUUAACUACUUUACUGCACUUUUUCACGUUUAUUAUCUUUCCAAUUGAUAAAGGAUAUUAAAAUUUCCCAUAAGUGGCAACAAACGCGAAACAUGCAGCCCUGCCAACCGUAAGAAGCCGAACUCCAUGUGUCACUUUUCACAAUUUUUGCGAACGGCGGCUUUUUUUCACAAGCGAGAAGAGAAAUUUUUAUAAAACUGUGAAAAAUUGCAUUUUAACCCAUUUGAAGUGUUUAUUAAGAAAUUACAAAAGUUGAAGGACAAGCUUUAUAACUUGUGAACCGAUUCAUUCAUUAGAUUCCGCAUCAAUUUUGCGAUAAUAUUAUGCGCUAAUAGCGAAGGCGUGAGCGUAAAAAUUUGCCUUGUCGGGUGAACUUUUGUAAAUGGCUAGAGAGAUUUUCAGUUCCAAUACGGCGUAUACCAUCCCCGUUCACAUUGAUGAUGUACAUUGAACACACACCCUUGGAAGAUAAUCUGCAAUUUUUCUUGAAGAAUCACAUUCCCGCCAGUGACGCCAACUCAAUACUGGCGCAUGUACGCGACGUCGAAGACACUGCUGGUACACAACUGCAAUCGCAGGCGCAAGCUGAAGGUGACGCUGCCUAUGCCGGUUAUACCGGACGCUUAAACCUACUUCGAUUGGGUGCUAUUGCCAAAGCAAAGGUUCCUAACAUCGCUGAACCAGAUACAAAUAGAUAUUUUCCUAGGAGAAAAUUGUCUCCGCCAGGUUUAAUAAACCGUAACACCGUGCCGCCAAAACUUAACGGAAUCGGCGAUAUAGCUUACAAAGAGGAGGAAGAGGAAGAAGGAAAUUAUGAAUUGAUCGAUAUAGAUGAUGUUCAAGAAAAUCAAGUGAUUAAGGAACGCAACGAAUUAGCAACAGAAGCCGAAGAUAAGGGCGUUGAAAAAAACCAAACACCUGUCGCUGACGAAAUUAUCAUACAAAUAGAAGACGAAGAAGACAAUUACGAAUAUUUCGUUCAACCAGCGCCUAAACAGCGAAAGUACAGCCAAACUCAACUCUCAAAUCAGGUUUUUGGUCACUGUCGGCAGCAGAACAGUGAACCCCAGCUAUCACGUAAGCGCCCUUUGCGUCCAGUGCCGGCAGGAAUACCAAUCCAAAGUUGGCAAACUCAGCUAGAAUUACCGCCACUACAACUGAUAACACCGCAACCAUCUCUCAAACGAGUAUUGAAUGGUCACUUGCCGAUACAGCUACAGCGCAGUGACAGCAGGGAAAGUGUAACAAGCAGCUAUUAUUUAGCCGAAGACGGGUUGAAUUUAACUGGCCAUAGGCACUUAAACGGUAACCGUAAUCCGGUGGUACACGAAAUUGAAGAAGAGGAAGUAGAAACAGAAGAAGACUGCGACGAAUACUACACUCAGCCGGCAAAUCUAGCGGGUAGUGUAAAUAACUCACAGAUGGGUAUCGAUAUAAUCAGCAGAUUAAAACGUUUGUUGAACUUACACUCCGAUUCCACAGACAACGCGCAAGGAGAGGGAUCUCGAAAAAGAUCCGGGAACUAUACUGCAGAUGCCAAUCAGCAGCCAAUAAAAUAUAAAAAAGUACAUAAUCGUUUUCCUAAAAUUAUAACUCACAAACUGGAUGAUGGCGACUUUGAUGUGAUCUCUACUUUUCCUAAGCAGGAGAAAAAAAUGUUGGCAUGCAAGUCGCCUAGCAGCGCUUCCAAGCAUUCACUAGAGAUGACACAGCGCAAGUCGUUACACUCCAUUGAAAAGCCGAAAUAUCGUAAGUCGAUGUUUAUGGCGCCUACGGUAACCCAUCGUUUGGUAAAAAAUACAUCCUAUGCUGAUGUCGAAUUUUCUGAUGAUGAUGAUGAACCUCAAAUAGUAAAAGGCUUUGGCAUUGGAUGUGCUAGUGGGUCUGGCUUGAAUGAUGGGCGCGCUAUUAAAAAGGUACCACGCAUUUUCAAUAUCCCCAUUUUGCGUGAGAGUGAAAAUGUUCGGGCGCCGGUUUCGAAACCGCCACCUCCACUUAUUGAGCCACGCAGUGGCAGCAUCCUAGCGACAUCACUUAUGCCUGAGAUCGAUUUGACGAAACGCAAACCAAUGUCGUAUUCGGAGGUCCUGCGACAGAACUUACAAAUGCCUGCCAGUGGUGGGCACGUCUUGGGCAGGCGUUCGGCCAGCUCAAUUUCUUCUUCGGGAGGAACAUCAGCUUCUAAUUGUGGGCUGAAUAUAUUGGGAAACAUUCGCUCAAAUAUGUGGGCUACUAAUGCUCGUUCAAUUCUAACACAAGAAAAGGAAACCGAGGAGCAUGAAAAGUACCAGCAGCUACUAGAACAGGUUGUACCGUGUUUGUAUGGUGCAUCAGAGGGUGCAAAUGUACACUCUUUUGCCAAGCCUCCAUUCGGCUUUGAUGCGCCGCUACGUCGAGGCGCCCUGCACGCAAAUAAUAGCAACCAGAAACCAGUAGCUAAUCAACGAAAGUCUCUCGGUUUACAAAACAGCUUGCCACGCGCAUUGAAAAGACCACCACUUUCGUCUACCAUCAAUUUGGACGACGACGAUGAUGAAGAGAACAAUGAGGAUGUUACAUUCGUUAGUGUGAAGGACCAGCGUCCUGUACGAAAUGUUCUGCCAACGGUGAUUGUCGACGAUGACGAAGAUGAGAUAAGUGAAAUAAUUGAUUUGGAUGACGAUGAGCGGCAAGUGGUUUCGGCAUGUACAAAAUUAAAAGAACAGAAUGCAUGCGGCGUUCCUUUGGGCACAAAAGACAAAAAAAAAUGUGUUACACGCCUUCCAUACGUUGAACCAGUCAACACAUUGCAAGAACGUUUCAAUACUUCCCCACAUUUAAAGUCCAAUUGGCUGCAAGCACUACAAUCUAAAUGGACUGAAAAGAAGAAGAAUCGUCUGCAAGAGGUUAAUGACACGGUGAAUGUGGUGGAGAAGCUGACAGCUGAGCGGCGUGCAGCUGAAUUGGAAAUGCAGGAUCGUCUGCGUAAGAUACAAAUUGUCGAUCCAGAUUUGCUCGUGAUUGAUGAUUUUCCAGUACAAGAAGUCGAAGAAGAGCCUGAAUUUGUUGAACUAACACCUGAAUAUCAAGCGCGAAUAAAGGAGGCAAUUAUAGGGCCACCCGACCAGGUUCUUGUGUCGAAAUUCAAUCUAAACAUUACACGUCGUGAUAUACACACGCUACUUGGACACAAUUGGCUCAACGAUGAGGUUAUCAAUUUCUAUAUGAAUCUGCUUACCGAGCGUGGUGAUACAAGACAUGAAUCACACGGUUUACCUACUGUCUAUGCAAUGAACACAUUCUUUGUGCCACGCUUACUAUCGGCUGGUCAUAGUGGUGUAAAGCGUUGGACACGCAAGGUGGAUAUAUUUUCCAAAGAUAUAAUUCCCGUACCAGUGCAUGUUGGUGGUGUGCAUUGGUGUAUGGCUAUUAUACAUCUGAAGAAUCGCACCAUUAAAUAUUAUGAUUCAAUGGGCACACCAAAUCCUAGUGUACUGAAAGCACUGGAACAAUAUCUCAAGGAUGAAUCGUUGGAUAAGCGAAAGCAAUCAUUCGACACUAGCGGAUUUGAGGUCGAGUCUGUACGUGAAGUACCACGACAGAUGAAUGGCAGUGAUUGUGGAGUAUUCAGUUGUAUGUUUGCCGAGUAUAUAACACGGAAUCGGGAGAUAACAUUUACCCAACAGCAUAUGGAAUACUUCCGUCACAAAAUGAUAUUGGAAAUUGUGCGUGGCGAUUUGUUACAGUAAAACGAACAAUAAAGUCUAAUUUAAAUGUAUUUGAUCGUGAUUGGUAAAAGAAGUAUAUUAAAAAUCAGGUGUUUGUGGUGGAUAGACAAGAAGAGAAAUACAAAAUUUCAUAAAUGUUUAAAUGAAACCAGAAAUGGUUAUUGAUUUAUGGUGAGUGCAGAUAUUAAAGGGAACUGCAAUCACAUGUACCAAUUACCAAUUCGUGGCCAAUGCGCACCUCCCAAAUUCAACGCUAUUAAUCUAAAGCUUUAUUGAUGUUGAAUAAUGCGCAUAUUCUUUUCAGUGUAGUUCUUUCAGUUAAAUAAUAGAGAACAAGGGCAGUCUAUAUUAAACAGAAUUUUGGCGCAAUAGUACAUUACUACAAAUGAUUAAAUGCCUAGUUUAAAAUUUGCAUAAAUACAAUAUGUAACCUAAACAAAUAUAAAUUAUAAUAUAAUGCUCUUUUUAAGUUACUGUGGAUACAUUUGUAUUUUUAACUUUCUAAUUUAUGUAUCGUGUGUCUUACUUUAAAUAUUGUGAAUUUGCUAAAAUCAUUUACGUUGUAUGUUGCUUGGCAAAUUUAAAUUGGGCACCUUCUCAUCUUUAAAUUGGAUAUCAAAAAAA